CGGCUGAGCCUCCGGGUGUGCCUCUCCCCCUGCAGACAGAGCGAGCCUACCAGAAGCAGCCGACCAUCUUCCAGAACAAGAAGCGGGUGCUGCUCGGGGACACGGCCAAGGAGAAGCUGCCCAGAUAUUACAAGAACAUCGGGCUGGGCUUCAAGACCCCCAAGGAGGCCAUCGAGGGCACCUACAUUGACAAGAAGUGUCCCUUCACUGGCAAUGUCUCCAUCAGAGGCAGGAUCUUAUCUGGUGUGGUGACCAAGAUGAAGAUGCAGAGGACCAUCGUCAUCCGCCGGGACUACCUGCAUUACAUCCGCAAAUACAACCGGUUCGAGAAACGCCACAAGAACAUGUCUGUGCACCUGUCACCCUGCUUCCGGUGAGGCCUGGGGGCUCCGACAGUGGCAGCUGGG